GAUUGUUUUUAUAAUUUUACCAAUGAAAAAACGCGUAAAAAUAUAUGGAUAUAACUCGAUAAACUAUGGAACACCGUGAAUAUGGGGAAUAAAGUGUGAUUCAAUAUUAAAAGUGUAGUUAUGUGUCUGUGUUUACAGUAAUAGUCAUGGCUUGUGGGUUACAUUUCGAAGACAAUGACAUUUCCACAGAGGAGAUGGAAUUCCAGGCAAAGUGGAGCAGGUUUUCGGACUGGCUGCACUGCAUAUGUGUGGUCACGUUCGACUUGGAGUUGGGGCAGGCGAUGGAGAGUGUUUACCCCCCAGGGGUCAAAUUGACAGAUCAAGAAAAGUGCAAUAUUUGUUACUUGGCGUUCCCCGACUCUAACUCGGGGUGUAUGGGGGAUACACAGUUUCACGUGCGGCUACGGUCACGCGCGCCUCUCUCGCGUCAGCAGUUACUGUAUAACGAGGAUAGCGUGCCGACAUUACGCGCGGAUGCGACGCAUUACUGGGGCUUCGUCUAUUUCCGUCAGUGUAAAGACCCGUCGCUGCCCCGAGGAUACUUCCAGAAGAGCAUAAUUCUGCUCACGCGGCUGCCUUUUAUAAACCUGUUCUACAAGGUUAUUCAACUAAUCGCGCCCAAGCAUUUUGAAGAAGGCGAGAGUAGUCUUGAAGCUGCCUGUCAUGAUAUAAAUCGAUGGCCAGUUCUGGACGCGGGACAGAAUGUUCUACUACCCGUUUUGGGCACAGUUUUCCAGUCAUACAUUCCUAAUCAACAAACCGGUAAGAUCACACGUUCGGAUAUAGCUAAAGUAAUGUCUCCCAAUGUACCUCACAUAUUAGCUUCUAUACAAGAUGUGAACGUGUUUGAUGCGCUGUCAACAGUCAUAUCCCACUUACAUUUGCUCUGGGAACUUGUGCUAACUGCGGAACCUAUAGUGGUCAUGGCAAGUUCUCCGACUGAGUGCUCGGCGCUUGUCCAAGCACUAACACACCUAAUCCAGCCUCUUCCAUAUGCUGCUGAAUACCGACCAUAUUUCACAAUACAUGACAGUGAAUUCAAAGAGUUCACCAGAAAGCAGUACAACCCACCUUGCGUAAUUUUAGGCGUAACAAAUCCAUUCUUCACGAAAACAUUGCAACACUGGCCCCACACUAUCAAGUUGGGUGACCCAACGUCUAUGAAAUCUAAACUGCGGAAAGUGGGUAAUAUAAAGCUAUUAGACACAGCACCAGGAGUCUACACACAGUAUAAAACGUUUCUGGAGAAAGAUAAAGCUAUAAUCAAGAAGCUACAUAACGGGAUAAAGUCUGACCGUCCCUCCGAAGUCCAGACAGCAAUGGUGCGGAGACACCUGCUAGAACUAACUCAAAGCUUCAUGAUACCAUUAGAAAGGUACAUGGCUUCUCUAAUGCCGCUGCAAAAGAAUAUAUCACCGUUCCGAGCACCUCCUAUACCAAACCCUUUCAACCCGGAGGACUUUUUUGCAACACUACAGCAGGCCGGGCCGCAACUGACAUCCGGUAUUAAAGGAGACUGGAUAGGACUAUACCGAAGCUUCUUUAAAACGCUAAACUUCAGCGCCUGGUUUCAUCAGAGGCAUAGCAACUUAACAAAUAAGCUACACGCCUUACAGCUUGAGGCGUUAGCUGAGAGUGACUUGAAACAGUGGUCAAUAGGUAAAAAGGAAGUGGAAAUCGUGGAUAUGGUUCUAAAGCUGCGGGAAGUGUUGAAAAACAAUCCGCCGGUAGCAGAUAACACUCGGACUUUGCUAGCGAGGCGUUUGGAUGAUCUGAACUGUGUGUUGCCGGAGGAUAUGAAGAGUAUUCUGAACGCAGGGUUGUGACACGAAGAAUGCUGCGCCUCGAGGCUGAGAGGCUGCAGCGCGGACUGCAAAAUUCAGUUGAGCUACUGUAGGGCUAUACCUUGCUGUUAGGAUAGUUAAUGCACACUUAACA